UCCGGACACGGAAUCAAAAUUCAUCGACGUCCAGAGCCAAUUAUGUAUCCAUUCGCAUUCUGGAGGAGCGAGGUCAAGAAACAUCAUCCCGAUCAGGUUUCGCCUAUCUGGAAGGAUUUGAACGCAACAUUUGUGGCUGUCCUGAGCUGGAGCUGGCUCAUCUAUUCUUUGGCGGGUCUGGUCAUCCUGGUGUGCGCAUAUUUUGCAUACUGCGAACGCUGUCGCAGAACGGAGACAGUGCGACGCCGACGGGUGAUUCAGCGCGCCCAGGAGCGACCUCCACAAAAGCGACGCCCCAAUGCUGCUUACCGGGAUCAUCAAAUCUAUCGCCACAUCAUUCUUAGUGUGGCAAAGUACAUGAAGAACCCGGAGGGCAUCCGUCCAUUUAUCGAUCACAUGGACCAGCUAUAUCCACUGCGACAUCCACUGGCCGAUCAGCAGCAGGUGGCUGAGCUCUCAUUGAACGUGAAUGAUGCAGAACCGAGUGCUGGAGAGGAUUGAGUUCAGGACUGCAAGCGAAAUUUCUGUAGAAUAUGCCAACUUUUUGAACGACAUUCUAAACGAUCUGUAACCAAUAAAUCUUUAAAGAAAAAUGAAAAUUUUACGACGAUUAAGGGCGUAAUAAUUCAAUUACAAAGAAAUAUCACGGUAUAAGUUACAUUUCCUAAGUUCUGUUUUCAGAAAUUCUAAAUAUUUAAAUAGUACUAUGAAGACUCUGGGGAUCACACUCAUUAUUGGUGAGUUUUUAAAGAAAACCUCAUAUCUUCUUCAACCCAUACCUAACAUCAUAGCUACCUCCAUAUGCGGAGAUAAAUACCAAAAUAUUUGCAAAAAAACUGUUCCAAGCGUUCAAGAUCCCCACUGUGGCCUCGGGACGAAAUGUCAUUUUAAUGGAUUGAAUAAGUUUGUCAUCGCAUUCGAGUCAUGUAGGCGGAAGGAACUCGGCAUCCAAGGCUUUUUAAAGGUAGUACGCGGUUUGUGUCCCAAAGGCGACAAGCCUCCGUGUCCAGGACUUUCUAAAGCUCCAAAAAAGACACAGAUAUGGGGAUAAGUA